CGAUGCCGGUUUCCGGAUUGAAUAUCAUAAUCAUAGUCGCUUUUUUGUGUGUUCGUUCCAGCCAAAACUUGCGGACGUUCGCGGUCGCGUAGAUGCUAUUGCGAGGCUGCUAGACAAGCACGACUUCGUUAGAAGUGGUGGAUUCCGACUGCUGGCUGUGUGGGAAAGUUAAAAUUAGUGGUGGAAUUUUCGCUAUCGCUGCUAAAAUUCUAAUCUGUUGCGAUAGGCGUCGCACGUAGAUGGAUGAUGCGAUGUAGGAAAGCCAAAAUAAAUGUGCAAAACAAUCAAUGUGUGGUGAGAGAAAACAAUUCAAUUAACGUUGAUAUGGGUAGUGAGUUAUGCCUGAUAAGGUGGCUUUCCCUGGUUGGUAUGGAAGCAGAAGAAAUCUAAUCACAGUGAGUAAGAGGAUUACUUUGAGGUUAUGCCGCUGUUGUGUUUUGGAGUUGAGCGUAUUGUUGAUCAACAGUGAAAAAUUGUUGAGUGAUUGGAUGAUAAGUUGCCAUUCCUAAAUAUUUUCCUUCUCAGUGCUAUGAACCCGUAGUUGAAAAAAAAGUGUGUAUAAAAUUAUAUUUUUGUUUGGUUACAUCUGGUUGUGAGCUGUCAAAAAACUGAAAGUAAGGUUUGAAGUUUUCAUUGGAAACCACGAAGCAUCCAAAGCCAGCUGAUUCUUCUCAUUUAAUCAGAUCCUAUCCUAUCACGGUGACAAUGCAUCAACGCUGCCCACAUUCCACCAGUCCAAGUGUGAAAAAAUAAAAACAACUACCUAUAAUGACGGCUCACCUUCGCCAUCAUCACCAGUGUAGAGUAAUGUGAAACACUAAUUAUCGGUUUCAAUUGAAUACGCGAGAUGAUUCCAACACCUCAGAAAAUGAUCCAACAGGUCGCACCCUGUUGACCGGUGAAGUAGUUAAAAACCUUUCGCCUGUUGUGAUUACGCUGAAAUAAAAAACCUGGUGUUUUAGCUGGUUCGGGACGGAUCGCAAGUGGGUGCGUGUGUAAAUUUGCGCACCGUUGUCGUCCGUAAGAUGCCUUGGGGCUGUCUCUGUUCCAAGGAAAAGAAACGCCCGCAAAUUAGCAGUCCCAUACUGAAGUCAACCCCUUCCAGCAAGCACCAACUAGUGCCAUCCGUUCGGCGUCCGCUAAGGCCCGGAUCCGCAGCCGCCUCCACCGCUGAAAAGCUAGAACAACGUCUGCUGGAUCCGAAUCUCAACGAGCUUGAUUCAUCUCAGCAGUCCGGACUCGGUACCUCCGGAACGGCGGCCGGCGACGAAAGUAGCGAAGAGUUUCCCAAUGGUGGUAGCAGCGGAACCAGCGGUAGCGGUGGCUCCCAGCGGGAUCGACUGCAGCAACAGCUGAUCCAAAAGUCCAAACUUAAGUCGUCCAACUUAAAGAGCACAACCUACACACGAAAUACCGAGAAUGACAAGCUGACGAGGCAUUUAAAUAAUGUCAAGUUCGCAUUUGACGAGCCACAGCCGCAGUCGCCGGCGCCACCGGCCAGAUCGAACCUGGCUCAACCGACCGAGCUAAUUCGGUUGGAUGGUGAAGCGCAACAACAGGUCGAUUGUAAUGGAAACGGGAACUACGAUGUGCUGCAACCACCGCAGGUGCUUCUGCACAUCGUCGAGCGAAAUGAUGAAAAUAAUACCAACCGGCUAACAGUCGCAUCCUCCGUGCCACCGGAUUUGGUGCGCAGCAGUACUGAAAGCAUUCCCUACAUCGAUGACGAGCAGGCGAAAAUACUGCAGAAUCUCAAUAGUGACCCCAACAAAGUUCAAAACUUUCACGAUGCUCGAAUCAUCACCCUUACACCAAAGAAUAUCGGUUCCGAGGUAACCCGACAGAGAGGACCACAAAGUCCUGAGCUUAAACAAUUAGUGCUUGCGAAAAAACUCGACCCCCAGCAACGGCCCCAGCAGCAGCAACAGCGAGUGAGACAGUGGACCGAGGCAGUGCCGGCGUUGGCAACGUUACGUUUCACGCACAGCUUUCACAUUCUGGCCGCAGGUUGUGACCGGGUUUGUCAACACUGUCAUUUGGUCCUUAGCUUGGAUGUGGCGUUGAGAUGUGCUAUCUGCGAGUUCACCUGCCACCAGCGAUGUGUACGGCUCGAACAGGUGAGUGAUUUUGAACUUUCCGAAACCGAAAUCAGCAAGACGAUCCGGUUCGAAUCCGAACUAGCGUGA